AGAGAUUUCAUGCAUUUUCCUGUGGUGACUGGUGGCAAUUGGCAUCCCGCAUCAAUUUUCAAAAUACCUACAACCUACUUUGUUUGGAUUUGUCGUAGAUUGAGUUUUGCUGAUGUUCUUGAAUCUUGUUUCAUGAGUUUACAAAAUCAAAUUCGAUAAGUAUAUACUCGUAAAGUUAUAUUUGAAAAUAAGCAAUGUCUAUGCAGUGUCAACUAUGGAUGGGCAGUUUGGAGCCGAACAUGACGGAGAGUUUUAUAAUGGCUGCAUUUCAUCGUAUGGGGCAGCGUCCCCUUGCUGUAAAAGUUAUGAGAAAUAAAUUUACUGGAGAGCCUGCCGGUUAUGCAUUCGUCCAUUUCCAGACUGAUGAAGAAGCCAUAGACACAAUGCACAAACUCAAUGGAAAGCCCAUACCUGGCACAUUUCCUGUAGUUCGGUUCAGACUCAACACAGCGUCACGGGAGGCUCGUACUAACAUGCAAUCAGAGAGAGAAUUUUCUGUCUGGGUUGGAGACCUUAGCCCUGAUGUGGACGACUACUCACUAUACAGGGUGUUUGCGGGGAAAUACAAUUCAAUAAAAACUGCAAAAGUUAUAUUAGAUGGAACGGGCUACACAAAAGGUUAUGGCUUUGUACGAUUUGGUAAUGAAGAUGAACAGCGUAAUGCACUUUACGCUAUGAACGGAUACACAGGCCUAGGAAGUAAGCCACUAAAGAUAUGUACAGCGGUACCAAAGCCCAAGGGUGCUGUGCCCCAACAAAACUCUGCACCUGCCAACACAAAUAAUCCAGCCACUUACAACAGUGGGACGGAGUACAACCAUUAUUACGAUCCGUCGGCGUAUUGGCAAAAUUACUCAGCGUGGUCGGGAUACUACGGCCAGGAUCAAAACACCGCGCAGCCGCAGCAGCCCGUCGUAGAGACUGCGCAUACGCAGCCUCCACCCGCCAAACCGCAAAAUGACGAGUUGGCGCUCGUUGAUCACAAGAGAGUUAUUGAUGUGGAUCAAAUGAACCAAGAGUUCUUGGACCCUGACUUGUGUCUUUGGGAUGCGCUCGAAUCGUCCCAAUGGUUCCCGCAAGAAAUCGUGGAAGCUCAUUGAUAUUAUAUAGUUUAGGAAUAAUGUACCUAGUUGUAAAUAUUUAAAGAUGGUUUUGAAUAAAAUAAUA